AUGACAACAUUUGAAAAAAUAGGGAUACAAGGAAUUAGAAGUUAUUGUGAUGAUAGAGUUGAAAAAAUAAAAUUUUCAUCUCCUAUUACAAUAAUAUAUGGAAAUAAUGGCAGUGGUAAAUCGACUAUUAUUGAAUGUUUGAAAGUAAGUUGUACAGGAGACUUUCCUCCAAAUGCAGAAAAAGGAAAAUCAUUUCUUCACGAUCCUUUAGUAUCUAAUAAAAUGAAUAUAAAAGGUAAAAUUGACUUAAUGAUUAAGAAUUAUAAUAAUAAACAAAUAGGAAUAUCAAGGUCAUUUAGUUUAUUUUAUUCUAAAGAUAAAAAUAAAAAAGUUAAACACACAUUUAGAGCUUUAGAUAAUUCUAUAAUUAUUAAAAAAGAUAAAGGAGAUGAUAUUAUUAUUACUAAUAAGUGUGUUGAUAUAAAUAAUCACAUACCAAAAUUAAUGGGUGUUUCUAAAGCCCUUUUAGAAAAUGUUAUAUUAUGUCAUCAUGAUGAAAGCUUAUGGCCAUUUAGUGAAUCAACAAAAAUAAAAAAGAAAUUUGAUGAAUUAUUUGGUGAUGAUCAUUUUUCUAAAGUUCUAGAUGAACUGAUAAAAUGUAAAAAACAUAUUAAUGAAGUUUUAAAAAAGAAAGAAUAUGAAUUACUAGCAAUAAAAGAUUGUUACGAGAAAAAAAAAAAUAUUAAUUUAGAAAUUGAAAAAAAUGAAAAAGAAAUUGAAAAUGCGGAAAUUUGUAUUCAGUUAGAUCAGGAAGAAAUAAAAGAAAAUUCCAUUAUAUUAGAUAAUUUAAAUAAAAAUAGUAAUAUUUUGUAUAAAAUAAUAUCUAGUUUAAAUACAUAUUUUAUUUUAUAUGAUAAAUUUAAAUUAGAUUUAGAACAAUAUCAAAAUAUAAAAGAAAUAUAUGAAGAAACUUCAGAAGAGUUAAUAAAAUUUCAGCAACUCUUUAGGAAUGAUUUAUCUAAAUGUCAAGAUUUAAUUAAAAAAGCUAAAGAGGAAAUUGUACAUCUAGAUAAUGAAAAUGAAAAAUGUUUAAAAUUAUAUGAUGAAUCAAAAGUAAAGGAAAGUGAUACAAUUAAUCAAAACAUUAAUAUUUUAAAUAAUAAGGAAAAAAGAAUAAUAGAUAAUUUAAAAAACCUUUUUAAUUUUGAACAUAACUUUUUAAAUGAUAUAAAUGAAAAGAAUGUAAACAUAUUUCUGUUAAAAGAAUAUUUUCAUUUAAAUUGUAUAAUAGAAAAUAAUGAAGUAAUUACCAAAAAAUAUUUAAAAUGGGAUAAUAUUUUAUCAGAAAAAAAUUAUAAUUUUAAAUUCAGAAUAAAAAAUGAUUCCAUGAAUAAAAUGUUAAGUAAUAGUUAUUCAUUAGAUAAAACUAUUUUAUUAGAUAUUAAAAAUAUGAAAAAAAAACAUACAAAAAAAUUAAAAAUAAUUAGAUACUUUUUAAAACGCAAUUUUAUCCAUAUCCAUAGGAAUUUACUAAAAAAGAUCAUCAUAUUAAAAAAAAAUAAAAUUUAUAAAAAGAGAAUCUUAAAAAUAGACAAAAAAAUAGAAAAGUUAGAAAAAUACAAAGAAAAAUUAAAUAGCCUAAAAAAAGAAGAAGAAAUAUACAUAGAUAAUGUAAAAAAAUUAGAAAAACUGAAUCAAUUGAAGUCUUUUUAUGACACUAUUAACAUAGAGGAAAUUGAUAAUUAUAGUUUAAAAAAAGAUACAAACUAUUAUGAGGAUCAAUUGAUAAAAUAUAAUAAUCAAUUAAUUCAUAUUUCAAAAAUAAAGAAAACACUAAAUAAUGUUUUUCAUAUUAUAACUAAUUGCAACUUGUUUUAUGAAUCUUAUUUAAACAUUCAAAUUAUUCAUAAUAAAAUACAUGAUUUCAUGAAAGAACAAAUUGUUUUUUUUCGUCAAACAACUGACAACUAUAAAAUUUAUAACUUAAUAAAAGAAGAUAAAAAUUUAUUCGAGUCUUUAGAAAAUUUUUUGUUUUAUAAUGAUUCACUAUCUAUAACAUCAGAAAAACAGGAAGAAAAAAAUAUUCUUAAUGUAAAAGAAAAUGAAACACAACAAUAUGAUAUAUUAACGAAUAUUAAUGACAAUAAAAAAAAAAAAAAUGGUUGUGAAUUGAAACCUACUGAUUCUAAUAAAUUAAUAAAAAGAACAGAACUGAAAAAUUCUGUUUAUUUAGAAAAAAAUUUGAAAAAUGAAGAUAAAAAAGAAGAGGAUAUAAAAACAAAAAAAAAAAGAGAAAAUUUAUCAAUUGAAGUAAAAUGCCAAUUGAAGAAAAGAAAAAUUAUAUUUGAUUUUUCCUUUUUAAGUAAAAAUAAUUUGGACAUUGUGAGAAUUAUAAUAAGUAAGUUUUUGGAUAAAUAUGAGAGAAAAAUAGAAAAUAUAGAAAAUCAAAUACACCUAUUAAAGGAAAAAAUUAUAUAUAUUUAUAAAGAAAUGGAUGAUAUUAAAAAUAAAAUAGAAAAUUAUUCUAACAUUUUAUCUGAAUUUAAUUUAAUGUUACAAAAAAAUAAUUUUAAAAAUCUGAAUGAUUUUGUGUUAUUUUUUUGUACUCUUAAAAAAGAUAUGAAAAAAAUAAAACUUGAUAUAUACAACUUACAGAAGAAAGAAGAAUCAUUAAAUAAUUUUUUAGAUAAUUCUGAAAGAAAUCAUUUUUGUGAUUUAUGUAAAAGUGAUAUCAGUGAAUUUCAAUUAAAUAAAGUUAAAUUAAAUAUUACAAUCAACAAAAAGGAUAUACAUCAACAGAUAGAAGAAAAAAAUACCAUUUUUAACAAUUUAAAAUAUAAGAAAAAAGAAUUGUUUUCCAUACUAAAGUAUCAUCAACAUUAUAUAAAUCCUAUUGAUAUUAAAACGAUAUCUAUAAAUGAAGAAGUAAAUUCUAAAAAGAAAAAAUUGGCUGACAUACAAAAUAAUAUAAAUAAAUAUUCCAUAAAAAUAAAUAAAAUCAAUGAAAAAUAUAAAUUAAUGAAACACUUUCAUAAUAAUUGCACUGAUUUAAUAAAUAAAGAAAAAGAUAUUAUUUGUGAAAGAGAGCAUAUUAUUUUACACUAUUUAGAAAUGAAAAACAAAAGCAAAGCAUUACAAGAAUUAGAAAACAAUAAUACAUAUGAAGAAGUGAUAAAUAUUUUACUUGAAUCUUUAGAACAAAUUAAUAUGGAAGAAAUAUAUUUAAAGGAAUUAAAAGAGUUUCUUGAUAAUUUUAAAAAAUAUAACCAUAAAAAAGUAUUAGCGUUUAUUUUUGAGAUGACUGAUAUGUUUAUUAAAGAUAAUUAUGUUUCAUAUGGAGGAGAUUUAACCAACAGUGAAUUAAAAAUAGAUAACUUUAAAAAUAAAUGUGAAAGUGAUAAUGAAAUUUUUUCUAAAUAUGUUUUGAAGGAAAAAAUAAAUAGAGAAAAAUGUAAAGUAAGUGAAGAUGAACAUAAAGAAAUAAAUAUCAUAGAAAAGAAAAUAGGAGAUGGUAUAAAUAAAGAAUUAAAAGAAGAGUUAUAUGAAAAAUAUGAGAAUAAUAUAAAAGAGAAAAUAAAGUGCAACAAGUAUAGAAAAUGUAUUAAAAAAGAAGCUACUUACACUAAUGAAGAAACCAAAAAACAUCUCAAUGAAUUAUUACAUCAUAAUUUAAAUGAUGAAAAUAAAGAAGAAAUAAUAAAUUCAUAUAAUUUUUUUCUCACUUUAAUACAUGAAAAAUUAUAUAAAUUACAUGACAAUGCAUCAAUAAACAUUUAUGAAGAAAAAUUAGAUAAAGAAUAUAUAUUUAAAAAUUUUAAUUUCGCUCAUAAUGUGAAAGUAAUAAUAAAAAUUAAUAAAAUUUUUAAAAAAAUAUAUGAUACGUGUUUGUUAUAUAUAAAUUUAGAAGAAUUUAAGAGAAAAGAACAAAUAAAUAUGAUAAACAAAAUGAAAUCAUUUAUAAAUGAUAGAAAUGAAUUUAUAGAAGAAAAAGCGAAAAAAUUAGAAAGAGUCAUAAAUAUAGAUAAGAAUAUUAGAAAUUUGAUAAAGAAAAUGGAAAAAUAUAUUUUAUAUUAUUUAAAAAAAAAGAGGCGUGUAGAAAAUUGUUUAUUACAAAAUUCUAAAUUACUUAAGAAAUGCGAGAUGCGAGAAAAGUGUAUUAGAAAACGUAUAAUAAAUAAUAGAAAUAAUGUUUAUCAUGAAAAUAAGAAUUAUUAUCUUAAAAUGAACAUAAUGGAUGAAUUUAUUGAUGAAAUAGAAAGGAUAAAUAUAAAAAAGAAAGAGAAAGAAAAAAAUCUAAAUGAAAUUAAAGAAAAAAUAUAUAACAAUGAAGCUAUCAAGAAUGAAGUAAAUGAAAUUGCUAAAAAAAUUAACCAAAAGAAAGAGCAGAUAUUAUGUUUAGAAAAGGAAAAAAUAAAUAUUGAAAAAAUGUAUCACUCAAUUGUUAUGAAUACAAAUUUAAAAAAAAGUCAUGAACGAUUUUUAGAUCAUCACAAAAAUUUUAUUCAUUCCAUAGUUGAAUUAAAAAAUUCAUUUUUUUUAGAAGACAAAAAGGAAGAAGGAUUAAAUGAAAUAAAUUCUAUCAUAAAACAAUUAGAACAUAUUUAUGAAAGUUGUUGUGAUAUAUAUAAUUUUUUAAAUGAAUCAUUUGAUUUCUCAAAUUAUAAAAAUAAAUUGAACGAAUUAAUAAACGUAAAGAAAGAAAAUUUAAAAGAAAAAAUAGAAGCUUACACAAAAACAAUUAACAGUUUAAAAAUAAAAGAAGCAGAAUUAAAAGGAAAAAUAGGAUUAAGGAAAGAAUAUAUCGACAAAUUAAAAAACGAUAUAAAAUCCAAGUUAUUUAUUAAUAUAGAAAAAGAAUAUAAAAAAAAAAUUGUGGAAAUACAUGUGUAUAAAAAUGUAAUAAAAGACAUAUGCAAUUUUUAUUUUUCCUUUGAUCAAGCGAUAAUUAAAUUUCAUUCUUUAAAAAUGCAAGAAAUUAAUAUAUCUAUAAGAAAUUUAUGGAGGAGAGUAUAUACUAGUACAGAUAUUGAUUAUAUUUAUAUAAAAUCAGAUGUUCAAACAGAAUGUAAUGAAAAAAUUAAUCAAAGAAGAUCAUAUAACUAUCGAGUUGUUAUGGUAAAAGAUAAUUGUGAACUUGAUAUGAAAGGGAGAUGUUCAUCAGGUCAGAAAGUUUUAUCUUCUAUCAUAAUUCGAUUGGCAUUAGCUGAAUCGUUUUCCAUUAAAUGUGGAAUAUUAGCCCUAGAUGAGCCAACAACAAAUUUAGAUAAGUAUAAUUCAAGAAAUUUAGCUAGUUUAAUUGCAAAUAUAGUAGAUCUUAGAAAAAAUAAUUCUACAUUCCAGCUUAUUCUUAUAACACAUGACACUUAUUUUGUUGAUGUUUUAUCACAAUAUGGAUUGACCAAUUGCUAUUAUAAAAUUAAAAAAGAUGAACAAGGAUAUUCUAGGAUUGAAAAAACACAAACAUAA